AAUUGAACUAAAUACUCAGCACUGAUUCGUAUGUGCUGUGUGUGAGAACUGCUCUUAGUUUAAAACAGAAGUGUGUUGUCUCUUGUAGAAAUGUUAAAUCAGAGUUUUAUCAAAGUGUCUUGUGAGUUUUGUGUGUGAUUGUUGUCAAUAUUUGGUGGAAGGAGUAACUUGUUUCUGGCAGGAUCAUCACAGACGGACCAUGAUUUUCGCCGGCAGCGUCCGUGUGUUUGCUUCCCGCAAACACAGGACAUUAAAAGUUCAACAAAGCAGUUUCACCGCAACGUCUUCCCGGUGAUUCUAUCCACUAAUGUGUUUUCUAACGAUAUGGCCGCGUUUGAGGUUUACAUACAUCGUUUUUGGGCCAUUUAUGGCACAAAAUGAAGCGAAAACUUGCUGUUCGCUCCGAGAAACCAGGACGUUUCCGAGAUGUUUGAAGUCUCCUGGAACGAACCGUACCGGUUCAGGAGGUCGACUGUGAGCGCAGUUUGGACGGCGGGGAGUCUUCUUCGUGCUCUGGUGAUUAUUGUGUUGGUCAGUGUUGAUUUUCAAAGGUUUUUGUUUGAAAACCCUCGCGGAGAAAACACAAGUAGGCCUCGUUUGAGGAAGCAGGCCAGCGGCGGGGAGGGUUGCUUCUCCACGGUUCUCAUGUGUGAUAUAAGUCCCGCCUCCUGCACUCAGCUCUCACUCGUUCAGUUGAACACCGACACGCACGCAGACAUGGCAGAGGAAGCUCCAGCAGCAGCCGCAGCGCCGGCGAAAGCCCCGGCCAAGUCCCCGAAGAAGAAGAAGGCCGCUGCCCGCCCCAAGAAGGACGGACUCAGCAUCUCCAAGCUCAUCGUGGCCGCUGUGGCCGAGUCCAAGGAGCGCAAGGGCAUGUCCCUGGCGGCGCUCAAGAAGGUGCUCGGAGGCAAAGGGGUGGACGUGACCAAGGCCAACAAGCGCAUCAACACCGCCGUCACCAAGCUGGUCACCAAAGGGUCCCUGAGCCAGACUAAAGGCACCGGAGCUUCCGGGUCUUUCAAGCUCGCCAAGGAACCCAAAGCCGUCAAACCGGACAAAAAGGUGGUGAAGAAGAAGGCUCCCGCCAAAGCCAAGAAACCCGCCGCCAAGAAGACCGCCGCGGCUAAAAAGCCAGCCGCCAAGAAACCCGCCGCUAAGAAGUCCCCGAAAAAAGCCCCGGCUAAGAAGGCAGCGACCAAGAAGGUGGCGCCCAAGAAGAGUCCCAAGAAGCCCGCUGCAAAGAAGGCAAAGGCCGCCAAGAAGCCCGCUGUCAAGAAGACUGCCGCCAAGAAACCCGCGGCCAAGAAGGCAAAGAAGUAGAUCCGCCGCUUCGGCUGCGUUCACCGCACCAAAGGCUCUUUUAAGAGCCACCACACACUCUACUCCAGAGCUAUUUCCACAGAAUGAGCCCUCUGACGGUACAAGGCACACAGGAACACAUCUCCAUUGUGCUAACAAUGUGUUAACAAGCAGUGACCUGAUCACAGAAGUGCGAAUGAACGUCUGACGCAUACAAUGUAUUUGCAUGACAUGAGAUUGAUUUUCUAAAAUCAAUCAACAAUCGCAACGGAACCCUGAAUUGAAUGGUGGCAUGACGAUGUCAGACUGAGCUGCAUUUCUGUCACAUUGUCACCAAACUCGACUUCCAAAGCAUAAAGACAACAAUGAGCCUACAGUUGAAUCAAA